AUGCUGCCCAGCGGCGAGCUGUUGUUGCAGUCAUUCGAUAUCGGCGAGGGACACACGUUCCGCUGCCGCGUGGUCAACACGGUGACUGGUCAAACAAAGCUAAGCGCCAACGCUGCCAAGGUUCUCCAGCAUGAGCCGGCGACACCCGACGCCCCCGAGGUGACCGUUCUCCGGAGAGAGGAGGUCGUCCGGGAGGGCGACACCCUGAUCGUGCCAUGUGUCGUGACGUCACAGCCCGUCGCCGAAGUACGGUGGAUGAAGCUGACCACGGACCGCGGCUCGGUACUGGCCGUUCAACAUGGGCCCUUGCUCACCCUGAAGCCGGCGCGGCCGGGGGAAGCGGGCACAUAUGUCUGCCGCGCGACUAACGCGCACGGCUCGACGGAGAUCAAGGUCAACGUCAAGGUCAUCUCAGGUCUGCACGUGACCUUGACGCCGGCUCGGUCAACCGUCGACGUGGGCGCCGAAGCCGAGCUGAUCUGCACGGUUCACGGCGUCGUCUGGUGCCUGCUGCUCUCGGCGUGCGCCGCCGAGCCGGAGCCGGCGGCCGAGCAGGGCGUGGGGCCCAGCUUCACCAGCAUACCGCCACGCGACGCCGGCGUGUUCGACCACCAGACGGGCACGACGCUGGAGUGCCGCGCCGACGGCUCGCCACCCCCCAACCUCACCUGGGUCUCGGCCGGUGGACGCCAGGUGACCUCGGUGCCGGGCGUGCGGCUGGUCAAGAAGGGUCAGAUCAGAUACUUCUCGUUCUCACCGGACAUGUAUCGCCACGACUUCCACAGCACCGAAGUGCGCUGUCUGGCCUCCAACAGCGCCGGGGCCAUCAUCAGCCUGCCGGUGCACAUCAGGGCAGUGAUGAACCAGCCGUUUAACCUGGGGGUGCGGGACAGCUACGCCUCGCCCGGCAGUCCCGCCCUGUUCACCUGCGACGUGCCCGACUACGUCACCGACCACGUGACCGUGGCGUCGUGGGUGCGCGACGACGAGUUCAAUAUCUACCCCAGCGACGAUACCGAUGGGAAGUACGUCAUGCUGCCCAGCGGCGAGCUGUUGUUGCAGUCAUUCGAUAUCGACGAGGGACACACGUUCCGCUGCCGCGUGGUCAACACGGUGACUGGUCAAACAAAGCUAAGCGCCAACGCUGCCAAGGUUCUCCAGCAUGAGCCGGCGACGCCCGACGCCCCCGAGGUGACCGUUCUCCGGAGAGAGGAGGUCGUCCGGGAGGGCGACACCCUGAUCGUGCCAUGUGUCGUGACGUCACAGCCCGUCGCCGAAGUACGGUGGAUGAAGCUAACCACGGACCGCGGCUCGGUACUGGCCGUUCAACAUGGGCCCUUGCUCACCCUGAAGCCGGCGCGGCCGGGGGAAGCGGGCACAUAUGUCUGCCGCGCGACUAACGCGCACGGCUCGACGGAGAUCAAGGUCAACGUCAAGGUCAUCUCAGGUCUGCACGUGACCUUGACGCCGGCUCGGUCAACCGUCGACGUGGGCGCCGAAGCCGAGCUGAUCUGCACGGUUCACGGGUGGCCGCACGGCCCGGUGACCUGGUUCAAGGACACGCGGCCGCUGACCGUCGGCCUCAGCGAGGACCGCUCUGUCUGGCGCGUGCCGAGUCUGCGACCGGAGCAUGCCGGCGUCUACCAGUGCUUCGUCGGGAACGGCGAGAGCGGCGCGCUGCGCGAGGAGGCGCAGGCCACGGCCGCCGUUCGCGUCGGAAACACGCCGCCCGUGCUGACCUCGUCAUUCAUGAAGCAAACGACGGACAGUGGCCGGCCAACGAGCCUGUCCUGUUCGGCCCGCGGCUCGCCCACGCCACACAUCACCUGGCUGCUGGACGGCCGACCGCUGCCAGAAAACCCCAGGUACGUGCCGGGUCAGAUCGCGCUGCGUGCUGACGUCAUCAGCCACCUGAACAUCAGCCGGGUGACACCGGCCGAGGGCGGCCUGUACGAGUGCGUGGCCAGCAACGUGGCCGGCACGGCGCGCCACGCCGCCCGGCUUAACGUGUACGGCCCGCCCGUGGUGCGUCCAAUGGGCUCCGUAUCAGCUGCCGCCGGCACCAAGCUCACGCUGCGCUGUCCCGCCGGAGGUUACCCCAUAUCGAACAUCACGUGGUCGCACGAGGGCCGUGGCCAGCUGCCGGGCCACCUCCGGCUGGCCGCGGAUGACAGCUUGGUGUUCGACCACGUGACCCGCGCUGAUGCCGGCGCCUACUCCUGUACUGCCUGGGGCGCCGGUGGCAAGACCGCCUCCGGCUCCACCGAGGUCACCGUCGUAGUGGGGCCGAAGGUGUCGCCGUUCACCUUCACAUCGGCGCUGCGGGCCGGUGACCGCGAGUCCGUCAAGUGUGUGGUGACCCGCGGCGACUCGCCGCUCCGGCUCGCUUGGCUCAAAGACGGCGCCCCGCUCGCUCGGCCCGACGUUGCCGUCUCCAAGGUCAACGAGUUCACCAGCAUCCUGAGCUUCCGCAGCCUGCGCCGCGACCACUCGGGCAACUACACGUGCGCCGCGUCCAACCAGGCGGGCGGAGCCAAUCACAGCGCUCGACUCGUCGUGUCAGUUGCACCUUUCUGGACAACGGAGCCGGAAGACCUUGACCUGAUUCGAGGGGAGAGAGCCGAAGUGAAAUGCGCUGCCGACGGGUUUCCAGCCCCCGUCGUAACUUGGACGAAACUCAUAAAGAACGGGCCGGCGACGUCCCCGGAACAGCAGAACGGCUCGCUUGUGCUGACCACCACCAACGCCACGGACGCCGGCCAGUAUACGUGCCGGGCUGCCAACGGCGUGUCGCCCGCCAUCCGGAAGACCAUCCAGAUCCGCGUCCGAGUGCCGCCCCGGGUCACGGUGACGCCGCCGGUCCUCAGGGCCGUUCAGGGCCAGCCGGUGGAGGUCCGAUGCGACGUCAUCGGGGACCGUCCCCUAGCCGUGACCUGGAUGAGAGCGGGCCGUGACCUGGCCAUGUCCGAAGACGUCAGGGUCUCCGUGCUGGAGGAGACGGCCGGCGAGAUAACGGCCAAGCUGCUGCGACUCUCCGCGGCGCUGAUCAGCGACAGCGGCGAGUACAUCUGCGCCGCAGAGAACGACUACGGCCGUGAUCAUCUGUUCGCCCAACUAACGGUGAAAGAGGCGCCUGCAAUGCCCACCCACAUGGCUCUGGUCUCGGUGGCGAGCCGCUCGAUGUCGCUGACCUGGGGUCACGACCCCACAGCAGAUGUCAAAUACAUCGUUCAGUACCGAAGAGCCGAAACCAAUGGCACAUGGUUAGAGACUGCAGUGGACCAGGGCGCUCGGGUCACCCUCGCUGGCCUCCGACCUUGGGUCGCGUAUCAACUGAGAGUGUCCGCUGUGAACGACGUGGGGAGAAGCAAGCCUAGCCCAGUCAUAGAGGUACAGACGGACGAGGACCUUCCGGAGGGCUUCGUGCGAUCAGUUGAGCUGACAGCCUUAACACCGACUUCACUGCGAGUUUCCUGGGAGCCGAUAGACCCCGACCUGGUCAACGGGAACAUCCUCGGCUACAACGUCUCCUUCAGCCGCGUCGGGCCCGGCGGCUCUCCGCGGGACCGGCAGUCGGUGCAGGUGUCCGACGGCGCCUCGACCCACACGCUGCUGACCGGGCUGGACCGGUUCACGGCCUACACCGUCUCGGUGACGGCUUACAACAGCUGCGGCCCGGGCCCGCCCAGCGCGCCCGUCUCGGCCAAGACGGCCGAAGACGCGCCCGGCCAGCCGCCCAGUGACGUCAGCUGCGCCACCUCCAGCGCCGACACGCUCACCGUCACCUGGACCCCGCCCGAGGUCCGGCAUAGGCACGGCAUCUUGCGCGGCUACGUGGUCAGCUACUUCAACGCCGACGACUGGAUGUCGGCGCCGCUCUCACAGGAGGUGCGCCGCACUCGCGGCACGCUGCGCCACCUGGUGCCGUACACGCGGUACGAGGUGCGCGUGCGCGGCCACACGUCCGCCGGCGCCGGACCUUGGAGCGCGCCCGUGCUGUGCUGGACCAGCGAGGACGUGGCGGGACCCCCGCGGGCCAUUGCAGCCGCCAUGGAGCGUGCUGGUGCCCUGCUCAUCAGCUGGCAGCCUCCGAAGCCGCCGCGCGGCCGCGUGCUCGGCUACAGUCUCUAUCUCAGGCUGCUGUCGUCGAACGAGACGCUCUCGCACCGCGUGCCGGCCGGCCAGACGAGCUUCUCGGGCGUGCCAGCCGACCGCUACCUGGCCUGGGUGCGCGCCGAGACGGCCCGCGCUGUCAGGCGUUUGGACGCUGCCGGGCCGUUUUGA